AACUUAUUAAAUAGAUUUGAUGAUGCAGAACAAUGAUGCUGCACAAAAUACAAUCAAUUCCAACAACAUUCGGAUCCAGAUUCAGCCGCAAGCAGCACAAAAUAUACGGAUGAACGCUCCUCAAACUGUUCAAAUGGUCAGCAGUCCAAUUGUUGGGGGAGCCAUUGGUGCUUCUCCUCGUAUCAGUUCCCAGGGACAACCAAUGACUUUAAUUCCUGGACCAAGAGGAACAGGAGGUCUUCAGAGAGUUCUCAUUCGACCUCAACAUCCCGGUCAGCCACAGCAGUUUGUGGGCGUAAGGCCUAUUGCACCUGCUCCGAGACCUUCAUCAUUUCCCCAGGGAGCACCGCACACUACCAGCACAAUAAUCAGGCCACAGCACAUUAUUCCAGGUUCAAACCAACUGCCGCCCACAAUCCAAGCUAGGCCUAUGGUUCCCAGCACAGCUCCUAGACUGCCACCAGUUGCCAGUGUAGACCCUCCCGGCCAAAAUAGAAGUGCAAUCGCCAGUAAAUUGAAGUUCAAUGCAGUAGAUGGACCCAUGGGACCUCAACCAAAACUGAAGCACGCAGACUUGCUGGACAGAAGUCGAAUUCAAGAUCUAGUCAAUGAAGUCGAUCCGAAUCAGCAGCUAGAUGAAGACGUGCAAAAUCUUCUUUUAGAGAUUGCGGAUGACUUUAUUGAGAAGACGAUUACAACAUCUUGUCAAAUAGCUCAACAUCGCAAUGCAUCCACCUUGGAAACAUCAGACGUGCAAUUAUGUUUAGAGAGGAACUACAACAUGUGGAUUCCCGGCUUCUCGGAGAGCAACCCAGACGACACCACCUCAGGAGUCUCGAAUCUGUUCACGAAGGGUGCUAAUGUCUCAUCCAGGAAGAAUAUGGGCAACGAAGCUCACAAACAGAGAAUGUCAGUUCUUAGAAAAACAAUGAAAAAGUAAACUUUUAUGUGUAGAUAGCAUUGUUUUAAUUUACUCUGUCACAA